ACAGAGAACGCGGUUGCGGUACUCAAGUCAACCAAUGACCACAGCAUCUUUGCGUAGAAGUUGACCUGAAAGUUCCAAGUUCCAUCGUCUCAUCUCCCCUUCGUCUCUGUCCAUUCUCCGCCACUACUCCACCAAACUCUUCCCCAUUACUUAAUAGUUCCGAUCCCAGAUCCGGUUUCAGAUCUUUCCUCUUCUUCUUCUUCUUCUUCUUCUUCUUCUUCAAGAAAGACGGGAGCUUUCCGUUGUUCCUUCUUAGGCAGACAUUAGUGACCCAGGAAUCACAUUCGCAGGAAAAUUCGCCAAUUUGGAUCGAAAAGCAAAGGAAACUCCUCUCCUGCUACUUCUCCGACGGAUUCGAUUCCCAGCAGUGCCCUUUUACUGUUGAGUCGAUCUGAUUUCUUGGAAGGGGAGGUUUAUUAUUUUGAGGGAGUGAGGACGGCGUAGCGGGAGGAGGUUGGAGAUGGAGAGCUACUUGAAAGAUCAGUUUGGGGAUGUCAAGCCGAAGAACUCGUCGGAGGAGGCGCUGCAGCGGUGGAGGAAGCUAUGCUGGCUCGUCAAGAACCCGAAGCGGAGGUUCCGGUUCACUGCUAACCUCACCAAGCGAUCCGAGGCCGAGGCCAUCCGCCAGACCUUUCAGGCAAACUUUCGCGUGGCAGUUAUAGUUUCACAGGCUGCACUUCAGUUUAUCCAAGGUCUUACUGAUUACAAAGUGCCCGAGGAAGUCAAAGCUGCCGGGUUUCAGAUUGGUGCAGAUGAGUUGGGAUCGAUCGUGGAGCGUCACGACGUGAAGAAGCUUGGAGGCCAUGGUGGGGUUGAGGGAAUUGUGGACAAGCUCUCCACCUCGAUAACCAGUGGGAUUUCUGCAUCUGAAGAUUCUCUAAAGCGAAGGAAAGAAAUUUAUGGAGUUAAUAAAUUCACAGAAAGCCCACCUAAAGGAUUCUGGUUCUUUGUCUAUGAGGCACUUCAGGACAUGACCCUCAUGAUCCUCGCUGCCUGUGCUCUGUUGUCUUUGAUUGUUGGGAUUAUAAUGGAAGGGUGGCCGACGGGGGCCCACGAUGGGCUUGGGAUCGUAGCCAGUAUCCUGCUCGUUGUGUUCGUGACUGCCUCAAGUGACUAUAAACAGUCUCUGCAGUUCAAGGAUUUGGAUGCGGAGAAGAAGAAGAUCUCCGUUCAGGUGACCCGAGAUGGGCUCAGGCAAAAGAUUUCAAUUUAUGAUCUGCUUCCUGGUGAUAUUGUUCAUCUCAAUAUUGGGGAUCAGGUUCCUGCCGAUGGGCUCUUCAUUUCAGGGUUCUCGGUUCUGAUCAAUGAGUCGAGCCUGACUGGUGAGAGUGAACCAGUUAAUGUGAAUGCAAUAAACCCAUUCCUCCUCUCAGGGACGAAAGUCCAGGAUGGGUCAUUCAAGAUGCUCGUGGCUACUGUCGGCAUGAGGACCCAGUGGGGCAAAUUGAUGGCCACUCUUAGUGAGGGAGGGGAUGAUGAGACUCCCUUGCAGGUGAAGCUUAAUGGAGUGGCAACAAUAAUUGGCAAAAUUGGCCUUUUCUUUGCUGUAGUGACAUUUGCAGUUCUAGUCCAAGGUUUGUUUGCCCGAAAGCUGCAGGACGGGUCCCACUGGUCCUGGUCCGGGGAUGAAGCCAUGGAGAUUCUUGAGUUCUUCGCUGUUGCAGUAACAAUUGUCGUGGUCGCAGUUCCGGAGGGGCUCCCCUUGGCUGUCACAUUGAGUCUUGCUUUCGCGAUGAAGAAGAUGAUGAAUGAUAAAGCCCUAGUCCGCCAUCUAGCAGCUUGUGAGACAAUGGGUUCUGCUACCACAAUCUGCAGUGACAAGACUGGGACAUUAACCACCAACCACAUGACUGUUGUGAAAACUUGCAUCUGUGAGAAAGUAAUGGAAGUCAGCGAGUCCGGAUUUGAAAUUCCCGAUUCUGCGAUGAAGAUUCUACUCCAGUCAAUAUUUAAUAACACUGGAGGGGAAGUAGUUAACAGCAACGGGAAUGGUAGGAAGCCUGAGAUCCUGGGGACACCCACUGAGACUGCUAUUUUGGAGCUUGGUUGGAAGCUUGGAGGUGACUUUCAAGUUGAGAGACAGAAAGCAACCAUCGUGAAGGUCGAGCCAUUCAAUUCAUUGAAGAAGCGCAUGGGAGUAGUUUUGGAACUCCAUGAUGGGAGUCAUAGGGCCCACAGUAAGGGUGCUUCUGAAAUUGUCCUUGCUAACUGUGACAAGUUCUUGAAUGCGGAAGGGGAAGUUGUUCCGCUUGAUGAAUCAGCCACCAAUUAUCUCAAGGAUACAAUUGAAAAAUUUGCAAAUGAGGCUCUUCGGACCCUGUGCCUUGCUUAUAAGGAUAUCGGGAGCGAGUUCUCUGCUGAAAGUCCAAUUCCCAUCGAAGGAUACACCUGCAUCGGGAUUGUUGGUAUCAAAGACCCAGUCCGCCCGGGUGUUAAGGAGUCCGUGGCGAUCUGUAGGUCUGCUGGAAUUGUCGUGAGGAUGGUUACAGGAGAUAAUAUUAACACGGCUAAGGCGAUUGCCCGCGAAUGCGGUAUUUUGACUGAGGAUGGUCUUGCAAUCGAAGGACCAGACUUCCGGGAGAAGAAAGACGAGGAGUUACUAGAGCUCAUUCCCAAAAUUCAGGUAAUGGCUCGGUCUUCUCCAUUGGACAAGCAUAAACUCGUGAAGCACUUGAAGACUACUUUUCAAGAGGUGGUCGCUGUGACUGGUGAUGGUACUAAUGAUGCUCCAGCUCUUCAUGAAGCAGAUAUUGGACUUGCAAUGGGCAUCGCUGGAACUGAGGUGGCUAAGGAGAGUGCUGAUGUCCUAAUUCUGGAUGAUAACUUCUCGACCAUCGCAACUGUGGCCAAAUGGGGCCGUUCUGUCUAUAUCAACAUCCAAAAGUUUGUGCAGUUUCAACUUACAGUGAAUGUCGUUGCCUUGAUUGUGAACUUCUCUUCAGCCUGCUUAACAGGAAAUGCUCCUCUCACUGCUGUGCAGCUCUUGUGGGUCAACAUGAUCAUGGACACUCUGGGAGCUCUUGCAUUAGCAACUGAGCCUCCCACUGAUGACUUGAUGAAGAGGCCUCCUGUCGGUAGAAAAGGGAAUUUCAUCAGUAACGUGAUGUGGAGGAACAUCUUGGGCCAGUCUAUCUACCAGCUCAUCAUUAUCUGGUAUCUCCAAACAAAGGGGAAGUCGGCUUUUAACCUGACUGGCUCCGAUUCCGAUCUAAUCUUGAACACAAUCAUCUUCAACUCGUUUGUAUUCUGCCAGGUUUUCAAUGAGAUCAGCUCGAGGGAGAUGGAGAAGAUAAAUGUAUUCAAAGGCAUCCUCAAGAACUACGUGUUUGUGGCUGUUCUCACAUGCACGGUCGUGUUUCAGAUCAUAAUCAUUGAAUUCCUUGGCACUUUCGCAAACACACAUCCUCUCAGUUUGAGCCAGUGGUUCGUCAGCAUCUUGCUUGGAUUCCUCGGGAUGCCAAUUGCUGCUGGUCUGAAGAUGAUCCCCGUGGGUUCGUGCUAAUUAAAGUCGAAAACAACAUUAUAGUUCAGAGCAACGGGCAAGGGCUACCCGAUUUCUCUUCCACGUACCCUAUCGUACAUAUCAUCUCCGAUCGAUAAUAGUGUGCGUUCCAUCCAAGGGGUCAACUCUCAAGCAUCCUUCCCCAUAUCAUCUCCGAUCUGAAGGUGAAGGUUGCAAGAGGUUAUCAGAGCUAUUGGCUGUAGAACGGAGAAUUUCUCGAAUUCUUUCUGGUAUUUUGACACCAGGGGAAGUUUAAGGAUGUUUUUUGUUGGACCUAACAUACUGAGUAUUAUUCGUGGUUGGUCCUUUUGGAGUUCUUAACAUUGUGGGGGUGAAGCUUCCCAUAACUUGAUAUGUGAAUUACUGUCUAUAAUGCUUGAAAUUGCAAUGAAUCUUAGGUUUUAACAGAUUCAUUAACUCUUCUAUUCCAUUCAUUUGGUCAUCAGAAUGUAAAACUUUUCAAGAACAAGCAAAAACUUUCAUAUGGCUCUA